UGCAGCUGUGUGUCGGUGUUCGCGCGCGCUCUCUCUCUCUUCCUCCGUCUCCUCUUCCUUCUUCAUCUUCCUCUCUUUAUGAGCCGCGACUCCGGGGACUUUUCCUCAUCUCCGUUAACGGAACGCGGGAGGCGCUGUGAGUGAAAAUGAAGCCCCUGAGCUGGUGCAUACCCUUCACCUUCCUCCUCGCAGCCCUCAUCCUUCCCUCACAAAGCGCCAAGAAUCCUGGCGGCAAAAACGUACAGGAUCCUGAGGUGGCGUCGUUUCAUGGAGGCAGUUGGAGGAGGCAGGGUUCACGAGGCUUGUUUUCCCACAAAUCUUUGCAGCCCGAAGAUGACGGAGUGGGUCUGGAGGGUCUGAGCCCAGUCCGGCUGGAAAUGGGACCAGGAGAUUGGGGUAGAGAAAGAGGCAUAAGGCACACGAGAGGGCACAAGCAGCAUGAAGGAGGAGAGUUCCAGCGCAAAGGCAGGAAAAAUGGGCAAGUGGAGGGCAAGAGACACGGACGCAAGGACAAAGCACAUGACCAAGGGUUCUUCCAUGACCCCAGCACAGGAUUUGGCUCUCUGAUGAGAGAUAUUGACGAAGCUUAUGCCCGCUUGCCCAAUCGCGAAGCUGCUUCACUCGCAGAAGGCCCCGCCUCUCGCAUCCCGGUAGCCACAGCAAUGCCCGAGCAUCCACCAACUCGAACCCCGACCUCCACGAAACCUCAGAAGGCAGGUCGAGGAAAAGCUCAAGGUGAAGUGUUGCCUACUUUGGACAUGGCACUUUUUGACUGGACAGACUACGAGGACAUGAGGCCUGAGGACAGCUGGCCAUCUAACAAGAAAAAAGACAAGCGGCGCAGCAAGAACGUGAGCAGUGGCAACGCGACCGUGAGCGCAGAUGACGUUGAACCAUGUGACCAUCACCUCGACUGCCUGCCUGGGUCUUGCUGUGACCUCAGACAUCACGAGUGCAAACCACAUAACCGUGGUCUGAACAACAAGUGCUUCGAUGACUGCAUGUGUGAAGAAGGUCUCCGGUGCUACGCCAAAUUCCACCGCAAGCGAAGGGUGACCCGGAGACGUGGCCGCUGCGUGCAACCCGAUUCGGCCAACAGCGACCAAGGAGCUUUCAUCACGAUCUGAUGAGAGAGACGGACAGAGAGAGAUGACGAGUGAAAAACUGGUCACGACCCUACAACCCUGUACCUCCUUCUAAAGACUUCAGACGGACUAAACCUGAAUUGAAAAGAUUAGUGAGUCCAAAAAAAAAAAAAAAAUCUGACCAACUCACCUGUGUGUUAAAGUGCACUGUGUACCAACGUCACUCACACUGUACAUACAAUUUUGUGUCUCGACUGGACAGGAAGUUGUUGGGGUUUUUUUUUUUUAAAUUGAGAAUGCUUUUUCCAAAACUUUGCUGUAUUAAUUAUACUGUUUUAUUUUUGUCUUGUUUGUAACGUUUCUUUUUUAUGCUGCACCUAUUUGUCAUUGUAAAAUACAGAGGAGCCAUUUGUUGAGUUCAGGACAAUUCAGGCCAAUUUAUGUAAUAUUUCUCAUAAUAAGAUUAUUAUUAUUAAAAAAAAUUAAUAUAAUUAAAAAACAUUUUAAUUAAUAUCAUGAAAUUGAUACAUCAGAUUGCAUUUGCAGAACGUUUACUUCUCUCUCUCUCUCUUUUUUAGGAAAUAAAUGCCUGAAUAAAGAAGAAAAUAUAAUAUAAAAAAUUAUAACGAUGUCAUAAUGAGAAACAUGACAUAAAUUGAUCUUGUAUGUUUUUGGCUUGUUAAAAUUAAUGGCAAUGUAGGAAAAAGAGAAUGACAUACAUAUGGAAGGAUAGAUGCAUCAUUUUUUUUUUCUUCCUUCAGUGAUUUGUUUUCCCUUUCCUGGCUUUUUUUAAUGCAGGUUUUUUUUUUU